AUGCAUUCCUAUAUUCGCCCAGGCCAGUUCGUGGCCAUUCGAAUGCAGUCGGAUCAACUAAGACUCAUUCAGAUCCUCCCCGAUACAGUCGUCAAUUUGGGUAGAUUCGGGCAGUUCGCCGCCAAUCAAAUUAUUGGACGACCAUUCUAUUUUACAUUUGAAAUCCUCGAUGAGCGCGACAACUCCGGCCAUCAACUGCGCGUCGUAUCGGCCACCGAAUUGCAUGCGGAGACCCUACUCGCGGACGGGGAGGGAGAUGGAGAGGGUGACGACGUGGAGACAGGCGAAAAUGGAGUACCGAUGCGAACAAAUCGUCAGAUUAAUGACGAGAACUCUUCACAAAAACUGACUCUGGAGGAAAUUGAAGAAUUGAAGAGGGAGGCCGGUGGUGCGGGAAGAGAGAUUGUCGCAAAGCUCUUGGAGUCACACAGCGCAAUAGACCAAAAGACUGCAUUUUCUCUGGCUAAGUACACCUUGCGGAAGCGCAAGAAGUAUCUGAAGCGAUUCACGGUGCUUCCACUGGAUGUUGGCCUUCUCGCCAAUUAUUUGAUCGAAGAACGUGAUGCGCAAAAGGCAAUGGAGCUACGGGACGAGCACAUCGGUCUCAUCGGGUGCUGGGGCAAUGUACACCACAGCGGAAACCUUGAGGUGGACCCGGGAGUGAAGCCCCAUGGACGUUAUGUUGUCGUCGAUGAGACUGGUGGACUUGUUGUUGCAGCAAUGGCGGAGCGCAUGGGGAUUUUGUAUCCCCACGACGCUAACGAAGACUUGGAAGACUCAAGAGAAGAGCAAAAUACUUCGGCUGAGAAUGUCGCAGAGCCUCCGGUUGUCACUGGCUCCUCAAAGGCCCGGCGCGUACGCCCUCAACCAAUGUCCGCUACCACCAACACCAUCACUGUUGUCCACGCGUAUGCGCAACCGAACCUGUCACUUUUAAAGUACUUCGGCUACGACACAAAUAACCCCGAUGAAUCUCACCCACUCCACACCCAUCUCAAAACAGUUUCUUGGAUGCAGCUUGCCGACCCCAAUGCUGAUCCUCUCUAUGCCAAUGAACCACCUGCGAUCCCCGCGGAGGAAUUGGCCGAGCUGAAACAAAGCAAACGCACAGCAUACUACCACAAGCGCAAUCGGUGGGAGCGAGUCAAGGCCGUUGUGGACGAAGCUCGGGCUGGCAACUUUGACGGCCUUAUCGUGUCCACAUUACUCGAGCCCGCAAGUGUUCUGAGGACAAUGGUCCCGCUCCUUGCAGGAUCUGCUCCCGUUGUCGUCUACUCGCCAACGGUUGAGUCUCUCGUUGACUUGGUAGAUAUGUACUCCACUGCUCGGAGAACCGCAUUCAUCAACAAAAAGCGAGAGCUAGAAUCACAGAGCUCUGGAGGGGAGGCAGUUGAUCUAUCCUCGCUCCAUGAAGAGUUUAUAGUUGAUCCAACACUUCUCCUCCCACCUACCCUGCAGACAUCGCGUGUGCGCCCCUGGCAAGUUCUUCCCGGUCGAACCCACCCCCUCAUGACUGGACGUGGUGGCGCAGAGGGAUAUCUUUUCCAUGGCAUUCGAGUGUUUCCCACAACGCAGAACAUUCAGGCUGCCGGCAAUGUUCGCAACAAACGACGGAAGAUGGAUAACACAUCCACCCCGGUCAGUGAUCGUGAUGUGGAAAUGACAUCCUAA